AUGGAUAAAAGCGAUUUAUAUCGUUUUGCUCUUUUGAAUCAUUGGAGAAAGGAAAGGGAAAAGUAUCCCCGACCUAAUCCAUAUGAGGAUGGUAGCGAAUUCGAAGAUGAAUUCGAUUUGGAUGAUAUUGAAUUGGAUGAAAUUGAUUUUGAUGAGGAAUAUAUGAUGGAGUUAAGAGCUGAGGUGCCAUCAUCUGAUGAUGAUGGAGUUGAGAAUGAUGAUGAGGUAGGGGAUGAUGAUGAUGAGGGGGUUGAAGUUGUGAAUGAGGUUAAGGAUGAGUUUAAUGAUGAUGAGGGUGAUGGAGUUGAGGAGCUGAAUAG